GGGGGGGGUAGACAGGGGUCUGGGGGUCUUAAUGGAGACCAGAUAAAGACAUGAAAAGAUAUAAAAUUUUAAUCAAACAUGGAGGAAACGAGACAACUGGAUACCAACGACUUGGAUGGUAGAGAGCAGAGGCAUGUGCUAAGAAAUAUCCAACAGAUUGUUACCCCUUGGAAAUGUACUACUUUUGGUCUGUUUUCUCACCUGUCAACUGGUUGCCAAAUCUCUCUGAAGCUUUAUUUCCCUCAUUCAUCAAAUGAUGUGGACCAUUUAUCAGCCAUGAUUGAAGAGACUCCAUCAACCAUACUGAGUUUAAUUACUCUCAACCCAGAGUCACGACAGCAAUGUUUAAAAUGACUGAGGUUCUGGUGUAGAAAAAAAAAAACAGAUCAAACUGGGACAGGAGCACUAGGACCUGAUUAACUUUAAUAGAGACACUGUGUACCAAUAAUGAAAUUGGCCUGAAAAUAGGUUAAUUUGGUGUCAAAUGUUUUAAUGUGCUUUCAAUUCAGUAUUCUGUGCCCUGUUGUUUUUAUUAAAAGCCAUGAAAAUUUACUAUGGAAGCUUGGGGAGAUGCAGUUGUUUAAUUCUACCCUUUUCAUUAAUUAAACUGCCUUUAAAGGUGCUAUGUGGCUUUAAAUUGCACUUGAAUAUUCCAAACACUGUGCACAUGUUUACUGUUGGGUACCACAGUGUGAUGUGUGGUUAAAAAAAAAUCUGCAUGUUGUUGUCAGAGUAUUUCACCCCCACAGCUAAAAACCCUAAGGGGAGGGGGGUCGCUAGACUCCUUAUAAAAAUACAGGAAUUGAAUUUGAACUACGGUUGUAAUCUUUCUGUCGCCCCUUCUAUCCAUCUCGCCAUUGGAGAUGUGUGGAAUGGUCCUGCCAAAUGAUCAGUUAUGACAGAGUGAAAUGCAGUUAAGGUCUCAUGGUCUAACAAAUUGCUUGAAAUUACAAGGGUUGUAGGCCACUGUAGCAAGUUGGAAAAACCUUGAGAAAGGUCACUGGUAUGAAAAUAUCAACAGUAACUAAAUAUAGCCACAACCUCAAACAGAUACAAGUUGUAAAUAGGCUAAGUCUGCCACUGAAAGACAAAAUAAGUAACUGUAUCAAGUGCUGACUGGCUUUGAAACAGAGGUUAAGCUUGGGAAUCCCCCUGCAAUGGGCAGAUAGCCCUCCUGGCUCAGCAUGACAGUAAACUAUCCUGGGCAUCCCCAACUGCUCUCUCAUUACACUGUGCAUUUUAAAUUGGUCAUCAGUCCGCCAAUAGAUUAAUGCUGAGGCUUAACCAAGAAUAACGCCUAAAUAAACGUAUUUCCUACCCAGCUAUUAAGAGGCCAAGUUAGGACUUGAGGAAGUUGGCGAGGUCUGGUAUGUAACUAGCGCCUGUUUCGCAUUAACUCCGUGUACCAGCCCUCAUCUGCCUUGUUUUCAUACAAUCUCUCACGAGAAAGAGUGAGGCUACAAAGUAACCAGCAGUUCUUCGAUGCCUUUCGUGCAAUCACUUACGGUUCCAUACGUUUUGGUUGAAUUUGCUGCAUUACUGCCAUUACCCGCUGCGGGGCACUGAGGCACAUUGGAUGCUCAUUUACCUUGUCGGUUGUGAUUUUAUUUUAUGGGGGCAGGCAUUCGAAGGCUUCAACGCAGUAGGCUACGUCGCGUUUGGAGCGAGUGAGACAACAGAGGAGGAACAAUACAAAGGGACUCGGGUAACAUCUGUCAUGUCGAUCGUUGAUAUCGACGUUUUAUGAUAAUAUGGUUGAACCCGUGAAGGACCAACGGUCGUUGUCUAGUCGAUAUGUAGUGUAGUGAUAUAAACGCGCGCAAGUCAUUUUCAUUUAAAGGCUGCUUACCAUCUCGGACAGGUGCACCGAGUAGGCUACCCUGUCUACUUUAACUGAAUGGUUUUGGUUUAAACUUUUAUCAGUAAUUCACCAGCAAAGAAGUUUAAUGCGAUCGCCUGACGACUAUGUUAUUAAACAAUGCGGUGAUUUUAGUUGGUUGACCUUAUUCACAAUAUUAGGUCUUCGGCUUCAUUCCCGUGUUCAAUAUUAAACUUUUAAUUUGGGAUGUGCUUGUGUUGAAGUUCGUAGUGGUAGGUGACUCCGGCUGACAGUGAAUAGUUCUUGAGCCAGGACAUUAAUUCCAGCCACAGAACUUCCAAGAAUGAAAGCACUGGCACUGCGUCUCCUUUCCAGGAUGCAGCCAUUCUUAUGGAUCGGGCUCCUGUUUCUGGAUGUGCACGGCAGGACAGGUGAGAGACAUAUUUGCAGGAUCAUGGUCAGAAUUUAAACGUGCUCAGCUCAAAAUCUUUAUCUUCGUAUAGAAUAAUUACACGUAAUUACACCGGACUGUUAGUCUUUCUCUAAGCUGUGUUGCAUGGAGCCGUACAAAAUAUAGCCUAAUUAACUUUUGACGGGUGCUGUUCCGACCCCGAAUAUUUAUUGAGGCUACAAACCCUAAACUGAUUACUGUCAAUCGCGUGCCCCAUUCACUGGCUGUUACAUAAUGUUGUUACGGAAUUCAGCGAAAUAAUGGGCACUGUCUUAGUGGCGUAAAUAGAGCCUGUCAUCGCACGGAAGUUGUCUGAGUAGUAUCUCCUAUUAUUUGGGCAAGCAGUGGCAUCGCCAAAGGUCGAGUUACCGUAAUUGAUCACUUCGAUCCACUGCCAUGAACUUAACUGGCCUGAUAUUAUUAGAGUGGGACAACAUGAGCUCCAGACUUGCAUUGUUUCCUUUGUUGCUGCUCAGUCUAUGUGGCCCUUGAAUAAUAAAACCCAACUGACAUUUCAUGACAGGAUCGGCAGAGAGCGCGUCCUUUGACCAUGUUGCAUCUUUUUUCACUGCAAAACACUACAAAACAGAGACAAAUCAUGGCAGACAUAUAUCAGAUUUUUUUCUUUCCUAACUCUAUGCUCUUCCUAGUGUCGUCCCCUCACUUCAUGGCCUCCAGGUGUAUGGGUCAUGCCUGCAGUCCUCCAGUGGGGAACCUGGCUACUGGCAGAGUCCUCCACACACUCACAGGCUGCUGCAGGAACGGUUCUCGGGAGUCGUGCUCUUCCUUCCAGCAUCCCUGCUCUGAUGGAACACACUCACCUGCACAGAUGGCCGACGACCCCUUCCUGCACCCAGACACCUGGUGGGAGUCUGCGGCUGGCCAAGGCCAAGACGAGGAGAUUCAUCUGGACCUGGAUAGCCAGUUCUGCCUGACCCACGUUGUCAUGCUCUUUCGCUCCCCUCGGCCGGCCACUAUGGUUCUGGAACGUUCCAUAGACUUUGGUCAGUCCUGGCAGACGCUGAAGUUCUUCGCCUUGAACUGUAGCUCUGCGUUUGGCCUUGCCGAUGAUACCAGUCAGCCAGGGUCACUGUGCACCUCACGUUACUCCAGCGCUAAGCCCUGCAGUGGAGGGGAGGUUAUAUUUCGCUCAAUAGGCAAAGGCAGAGAAGUGGACGACCCCUACAGUCCGGAGGGCCUAGCCUUACUUACACUCACCAACUUACGCAUCAGGCUCUUGAAGCCUCAGGUUUGUGCUGGGCCUCCCCCCCACUUCUCCAGGGACCACAGUAACCCAGAGACCCUCCCUGGCGUCUUCUCUGUGGCCACCAAGCGCCGUUCAGCCCCCUCUGAGCCAGCUACCUACGCCAUUUACUCUCUGCUGGCCCGGGGAACCUGCCUCUGUCACGGGCAUGCGGAGCAGUGUCUGCCCACACACCAAGACACAGACCAGCUCCCUCUAGAAGGCAUGGUGGCUGGCAGGUGUGUGUGCUCUCACCAGACGGCAGGAGAGCACUGUGAAAGGUGCGCUCCCCUCUAUAACGACCGGCCCUGGAGGCCCGCCAAUGGCAGCAGCGGGCAGCCAAACCCCUGCCAGAAGUGCGAGUGUCACGGGCACGCAGAGAGUUGCCACUUCUCGCAGCGAGUGUGGCUGUCUACAGGGGGAACGGGCGGAGGGGUUUGUGACAACUGUCAGCACAACACAGUGGGCCGGCGGUGCCAGCGUUGUCGCCCAGGAUACCAUCGCCACCCAGCAAUGUCAAUGACCUCUCCCCACGCCUGUACACGUUGCUGGUGUGAUCCUGUUGGAUCGAUUCCUCCACAGUCUAAAGACCAGGCACCCGGCUGCCAUCCCAGAAGUGGGCAGUGCCACUGCAAGACAGGCGUCGGAGGCGCAAGCUGCAAUCAGUGUCUCUCUGGGUACUGGGCUUUUGGCCCAGAGGGGUGUAAACCUUGUGCUUGCCCUCUAAAGUGUGAUGCCCUCACUGGACACUGUAUUGACAGCGAUAAGCUGUAUCAUAUUCCUAUUGGAGGCAAGAUCCCUGACCUGCUCCACGUAUUGUCAAAUGAAGAUGAAAGAACAUGGCCCAAAGAGCUGGCAGUGUCUGCCUUGUACUAUACAGGAAAAUGCAAUUGCAAAGACAGGAAACUGAGAGGUGUGGCUGAUUUAUGUAAGACAAAACAUGCAUAUGCAAUAAAAGCCAGCGUCCUGUCAGCCCACGACAAAGGGAGCCAUGCUGUUGUGCUGGUCAAAGUCAGGAAGGUCUUGCGCUCAGGAAAGGUGUCGGUUUCUCAGGGCACACACAGCAUCUACCCACUGUCAUGGACCAGCAGAGGGUGCACUUGUCCCAUCCUCAAUCCAGGAAUAGAAUACCUUCUGGCCGGUCCUGAGGAGGUGGAGUCUGGACGUUUGCUGGUGACCAUGCAGAGUUUGGUGGUUCCCUGGACGCCGAUGUUGGGGCAUCAUGUGGCAGAGGGACUUCGACAAGGCUGCCUCUAAGCCAGAGUUCACUCCACGGGACAUGCGAAAUUUGCCAUUUGCCGGGUGCACUGUGGUCACUUCAGUUUCCGGUUUGCAUGGCCGAGCACGCUGACUUUCAGUUCCUUCUUGGCUCUUCCUGCAAGUAGCAGUAGGACACGCAAGCAACAGUUGCUGACUGAGUUGCUCAGGGGUGAGGUCAAAUGGAAUAUAACCAAUGGAACAGACUCACUUAAACUGAGGCUUAAAAGACUAGCCAUGGAUGUCAUUGUCUUUUCAGUCUAACAGUCCCCUGUCCUCCACAGGUUGAGUUUAUUUUUUUUUGUAGUGGUACCUUUUAACCUACGUUCAUGACAAAAGCGGAUCUAUUAAUUCUGAGCACCUCUUAAUUAAGGGUUUCAUAGGCUGCACAAUGUCAUUAUUUUGGAUUUUUUUUAUCACAUUGUGUUUGUGCAGGCACCACAAAAUCUAGAAAGCCUGUUGUAUUUAAUUUUGAAGUUGAAAGCCUCAUCAUUGCUGGCUCAAUGACAGUUGGGAAACUGAGCAGUCACGUAUACUGGUGGCUUAACAUCGCCUGUCACAUGAAUAUACACGUUUAAUCUAGGGAAAUUAAUCUAACUAGAGAUUUUCCCAAGAUACAUGUCCACAAUGUAACCAAAAAAAGCAAUGAAACAAUAUUUAAGGUACUUAAUAAUACAGAAGUUAAUUUGUAUUAAGUACGUGAUCUGUAUGACAUCUCUAUCUGAAUGUACAAACAACUGUAAAAACAUUUGUUGUGCUAGUACAGCUUCACUAUUUGCAAGCCAUGAAACACACAACUUUAUCCACCGCUGGUAUUGAGGUAAAUUGCCAUAAGAUAUAACUUCAGUAAUAAUGUUAAAAGAAAUGUCUAGCAUAAAACACUUCCA